AUGGAGAGGUUCAAACAGCAUGUUUCGGGGAGAAUCAGCGAACUGGCAGAGCAGUUUUCGUCGAGUAACGAUGUGAAAGUUAUGCUAGAAACAAUGAACGACAGAGUUCUGAGCCCUUACGACAUUCCUUCUACGUCGGAUGAGCCUCCUCCAUUGGCAGUGUCCAGUCAUACAGUCUCCCAGAACUCUACUCCUAAAAGAAAUAUAACAUCGAAAGUAUCAGAAGAAAAUGAAAUUAUCGACUCCAUAGACGCCUCUUAUUUUAUAGACAACGAUGAAUUCGAUGCUAUUGAUUAUGAGCUGAAGAAACUCUGCGACAUCGAUAUGUGCUAUGAAGAUAUUCAAAGAGAACGGUUUCGGUUGAAGUCUCAACAUACUGUAGUUUCCAAAAAGAUAUCUACUCUAAUUAUGCAAAAGUCCUCCUCAUACACAAAUCAAGUCGGUGAAAUGGAAAACAUUCGAGAAAAGGUCAACGGCGUAGUAGAUGAAAUAAUAUCAAUUCGAAAAGCGCUCGCGCUGGCUACUGAUCAGACUCGCACCUGUCUGGGACUGAUUGCAAACGAAUACAAGAAGGCGUCGUUGCACAAAUUGAAAACAACCUUAACUACGAUAAAAUCGUUUCACGAAGCUGAAACCCGCAUUCGUGAAACGAUACAGGAAGGAAACUUUCCACUGGCCAUCCAAAUGCUUAUUGAAACUCAAAUCCAAGCCACUGGUUACGGUCAAUUCAAUUGUGUGAACGACAUCUUAUCGAAAAUGAUGGAAUUGAGCACACUGCUAGAAACGGAGCUAGCUACACAAUUAUCCACGAUUGCUGUGGUUUUCGAUUCAGAGAAGUACCGAUUCGUGUUCACUGCAUAUGAGAUGCUUGAGAAGACGGAUCAUGUUGCUGAAAAACUGUUGAAUGUGUUCACUGAUGCAAUCGAAACCACAACCACCGCGGUAGUUAUGGACAAGAUGAAGGAAGAAGAUCGUAAAGAUGAUGCCACGUAUACAAGUCUCUGUUUGAAGCUAGAUGGAGAACAAGCUUCAACUACGUUCCGAGAAAUGGGAUUUGUGUUGUGUAGAAGUUUCCACUCAUACCACAAAGUUCUGCAAUACCACAACUCAGAAUCUGCUUCUGAUGCUUCUCAGAAAAUAUAUAAGUCCCUCCUUGCGGCAAGAAGUGAAAUUUUUCUCACUGCUACUAAGCGUUUACUGACUCUUGUCGAAUCACGAGAUUUCAGUACCAUGAAAUUCGAUCACAUACUGGAUAUUGUGAAUUCCAUCAAUCGAUUCAAUAAUCUUGGAAGAACUUAUUUUGCCUGUGACCAACAGAAGUUAGCAGCAUCGAUCGAGAAGAGGAUAGAAAUAUAUUUCGAUAGAUAUCAUAAUGAGAGAAUGGAGGAGCUGUCAAUGUUCAUCGAAAACGAAUCCUUCACACUUUGUCCAGUCCCGUUCCAAUUCACAAUCUUUGAUCUACAGGAUUUCGAAUUUCUCAAGGAAUCAAGACAAGAGUUUGACAAUUUCAAAACCAAAGAAGAACUGAAAGGAGACAAUGAUAACAUUGAGUUAAUACCGAACGAUUGGCAGAAUCCGUUUUGCCAAGCUGCCAUACGAUCUCGUCUUCAGUCGUCGUACAGCCAGAAGUCGUCAGAUGAAAGAAGCUGUUCAACAUCUUCAGCUCCUGAGAACUUAAAAUCACAGGAAAGCUUUUCUGAUGAUCCGCUAGAUGAGCCUGUGAGUGGACCACUUCCAAAUCUGUGCAAUACAGCGCUGAACCUUUUGCGAUUUUUCGGAAGAUAUCUUCGUAUGACCGCACUUCUUCCCACACUUUGCUCCAAAUCAGCUCCAGCCAUAAUCGAUUUGUACGAAUUUUUCUUUGCAUCGAUAUGCUGCAUUUUCGGUUCUGAAGGUGCUGAAUGCGUUGGAAGAAUCCAAAGACUAGUUACAUGUCUGGAUGGAAUUUCGAAGAAAUUCUCAAAAGACAAGGAAGGGAAUUCUCCGUUCCGGAAAGUCUUUCAAAAAGAUAAUGAUGACAAAAUCUACCCAUCUUUAUCUCCAGCUGUACAAAUCGCGUUUAUUGAUAAUCUCUACGGAGCUUGUGAACGAAUAAUUGCUGUGAAUUCAAUCGAGUUCGUGGCUCGUCAGUUAGAUCUCAUCCGACCGGUUAUCGAAUCCUUACUUCUUGAAGACGUCCGAGAUUCCUUUUCAAUAUCGCUUGACAUGUUUUAUACUCAAGUUCUUCCGUGUCAAGCUGAUGCCAAAACUCUGAUCAUCGAUGCCUCAGCUUCCAGAUGUCUCCGUUUAAGAAGCCUUGUAGAAAGCGUCUCAUCUGUGAAAUGGGACAUUGGAGAAUUGAAAAGUGACCAUAAUCCAUAUGUGGAACAAUUGACACAAGACUAUGAACUGUUUGCGAUUCGAUUAAGAACCAUCAAAGAGAGUGGACCCGUCAAUUUGUCGAGUUCAAUGGAGAGAUUUUUCUGGGACAGAACCAUCUAUUAUUCGUUCAAGGCAUUAGUUCAAGGCUACGGAGAUGGUGGUAAAUGCUCAACGGAAGGAAGGGCAUUGAUGCAAUUAGAUUUUCAGAAUAUAUUAUUGAAGCUAGAACCAUUAUGCGGUGUGAAGCCGGUUCCUCAUGCGAGCUUUGUAGACGGUUAUAUCAAAGCCUACUAUUUGCCAGAAAACGGCUUGGAGCAAUGGAUUAAAACGCAUUCUGAAUAUUCGUCGAAACAGUUAUCCUCUUUGUUAGGAGCUGCCGCUCAUGUCAGCAAAAAAGCGAGACUUCGGAUAUUAGACGCUCUGAAAGAUUAA